UUCCCUUGGAUAAAUCGUGAUCAGACCGAUAGACGAAUAAAAACUAUUAAGAUAUCUGUAAUUGAGUUAAAAACCUAAGGGGAUCAUAGCUCGAUAGAAUAUUUACACGUAAAUUAAUAUAAAAUUGUAGACCUACAUGGUUCGUGAAAAAUUUACCGAUCCCUUUAGAGAACAAAAUCUCGUUAUCGAACGUAACAACGUUAAUAGGGUAUAUACUCUGUUUGCAUGUUUUAUAGACGUAUUUAUUAUAAUUAAUAUUACCAUUUUCGAUUCGAUAUUACUAUUUCAAUCUUUCUAGCUAAUUGUUGAUGUAUCUUGCAUGAAAAUGGAUAAGGAUCCACGAAUAGAUAUUGCCAUAGGUACAAGUGCGAUCAUUUUCGAUCAAAGUCCUGUUCAUUUUCAGAUGACUCAAUAGUAUUCAGUAGUAGUAUAUGUACAGUUUGCGUGCUACUUUUAGAAGUAAUUAGCCAUUUUUAUUUGACCGAUUAAAAAUUGUUUUGGCAUACAUCAAUAAUUUUCUACGAGAGACGUGAAAUUUAGAAACAAAAACAGAAUUAACAUGAUGAAACACGUGAUUGACUGAGAUUUUCUUUUCCCUCCUUCAAGACGAGUACAAUCUAAAUCCUGGUUUAGAAUGGGAGGACGAAUUCACAGCCGAAGAUGAAGAAAACAGCCUCCCACACAUGGACGGUUUCCAAAGCAAGCUUCCACCCGGAAUCCUUCCUCACGGUUUACCGCAAGUCAAGGAAGUGCAACCAGCAGUCACGCAAGUCGAACAGGAAAAGGAAAAAGAAAAACCUGUAGAAGUACGAGAACUCAGCGAAGAAGAGAAACAAAUGAUAAUACUUUCCGAGGACUUCCAACGAUUCCUCGAUCGUGCCAGUAGAAUUUUGGAAAGGGCACUAGGAGAAUCCGUUAACAUUUAUACCGAUUACACCGGUUCUAUGGACGGCGAGGACGGAAUGGAUGAGAAGAGUCAUCAACGUUUAUACGUGAACCGAUGGUUCUUCGAUGAACGAUGGUCUCGCAAUCGUUGCGUGACAUCGAUGGACUGGUCGCCUCAGUUCCCAGAGCUCCUCGUAGCCUCGUACAACAAUAACGACGACACUCCUAAUGAUCCGGACGGAGUAUGUUUGGUGUGGAAUACAAAAUUUAAGAAGACAACACCAGAAUUCAUUUUCCACUGUCAAUCUCCGGUCAUGUCGACCACGUUCGCGAGAUUUCAUCCGAAUUUAAUCUUGGGCGGUACUUAUUCAGGGCAGAUCGUGCUCUGGGACAAUCGAAUCCAAAAGAGGACUCCAAUCCAGCGUACUCCGUUAUCAGCAAGCGCGCACACACAUCCUGUGUACUGUCUAAACGUUGUCGGGGCACAAAACGCGCACAAUUUGAUAAGUAUAUCGACCGACGGGAAAUUGUGCUCCUGGAGUUUAGAGAUGUUGUCACAACCGCAGGAGACAUUAGAGCUGCACAUUAAACAGUCGAAACCGAUUGCCGCCACCUGCUUGGCAUUCCCUCACGGGGACGUUAAUAACUUUGUCGUCGGCAGCGAAGAAGGGAACGUUUACUCCGCUUGUCGUCAUGGUACGAAGACCGGAGUGCUGGAAACAUACGAAGGCCAUCAAGGCCCGGUCACUGGUAUUAGCACGCAUGCUGUACAGGGCGGAAUAGAUUUCUCGCACCUAUUUUUAACUUCGUCCAUCGAUUGGACAAUCAAGCUGUGGAGCCUUAAAGAGAGCAAACCAUUAUACUCUUUCGAGCACAACGGCGAUUACAUUUACGACGUCGCGUGGUCGCCGACCCAUCCGGCUCUCUUCGCUGCCGUCGACGAUUCAGGACGGCUCGAUCUAUGGAAUCUUAAUCAGGACACAGAAGUGCCUAUGGCUAGUGUAACGAUCAAGGGCAACCCGGCACUCAACAGAGUGUCUUGGACGCCGAGCGGUUUACACGUGACCGUCGGCGACGACACAGGCAAGAUAUGGGUGUACGAUGUUGCCGAGCACUUGGCGCAUCCGAGAAUUGACGAAUGGAACAAAUUCUUGUACACCCAACAAGAGCUAAAGCACAACAAAGCAGACGAAGAAAUGCAUAAGCUUAAUCUGAGGCAGCCUACUUCCCUGACUUCUAUACCUCCGAUGUUAGCUCAGAUAAAGGUAUAACAUAUUAUUUAAAAAUUAUUACUAAAGUCGGCUUGAAUACCUUAAUGUUUCAAAUCAAAUGAAUCUAAGAUGUCUAUAAUUAUUUAAAAAAAAAAAAAAAAGAAAAAAAGGAAAAAGAAACUAAGUAACAGUGUAUUGCACUAACUAUAAUUUAUAGUGUAAUGUACUCAUAAGUAUUUAUAGAACGCCUUUAACGUGUAUAAAAAUGAUUAAACAGCAGAAUAAUGUA